CUGGUAGAUUAGAUUACUGUGCGCAUCGGCCCGUCACGUCACUCAAUCCCAUUGCGAUCAUCAGAAUUUCGGUUCUUUCAAAUUUCCCUCCUUUCUCGAUAAAUAAGCUUAUUGGUACUUUUCUCUCUCUUUCUGGCGAUCGACCUACUCUGUUUCACAUCACUGUAUCAUCGUCGAAACCAAGUCAAAUCAAAUCAAAUCAAAUCAUGCCAGACCAAGUAAACGUCCUCUUUGUCUGUCUCGGCAAUAUUUGCCGCUCACCCAUGGCUGAGGGCAUCUUCCAGAACCUUGCCAAGCAGCCGAAUCUCAAGGAUAAGAUUGGGCGCAUCGACUCUUGCGGUACAGCUGCUUAUCACAGCGGAGAACCCCCGGAUGACAGAACCAUGGCUACCCUCGAGGCCAAUGGUAUAAAUGAUUACGACCAUCUCGCGCGGCGCUUCCACCCGAGCGACUUCAACACCUUUGACUACAUUUUCGCUAUGGACAGAUCGAACCUCUCUGAUCUUCACAGACUACAGAAGAACGCCCCAGACUCCAAAGCCAAGGUUAUGCUGUUCGGCGAAUUCAGCGGAACAAAGCGACCCGAGAUCGUCAACGACCCUUACUAUGGGGGAGACGACGGUUUCGCAAAGGCGUAUGAGCAGUGCACACGGUUCUCCAAGAACUUUCUCAAGGAGACUUUCGGAGAAGAGUAAAUGGAUGGAUGAUAUUGAUGGAGUUGGGGGGUGAUGAUGGAUUUAAUACCCGAUAUUUGUACAUACAGAUGAUCAAUGAAGGGAAACGAGGCAGGUUAUUGCAUAUUAGAGGGGACUAACUAGGUAGAUUAGAAUAAUUAUUGACACUUAAAACAAAUUUGAUGACUAUUGGCUGAAAGAUUCCCAGC